UCGGUGUGCUCACUAAUGGCACUUGUAUUUGAGGCAUCCAGCGUAGUAGAAACCACUGCAGCCAUGAAGGCGUCCUUUGUCCUGCUGAUCGCUGGAGUGUUACUCGUGGCGUACUGCACGCCGUUCGCUGUCGCAGACGAUGAAGAGGAACCGGUGGAUGAAGCAGCCGAGAACGGAGACGCUGAUGACGACGGCACCGACGGCUCAGCAGACGACGACGCCGUCGACAGCGGUGAUGAGGAGGGUAUAAGUGGAGAGAGCAGGCGGGCAGCCAAAGGUGUUCACGCCCGGGCUGGCCACAUGAAACAUGCACGUGCAGGCAGCCGAAACAUUGCAUCCAGAGCUGGAAGGAGACCCCAUGCCAGGUCAGGCGCCGCCCGCAGAGCUGCACACAGCAAGUAGUCGCUGUUGCUGAGGGAGCACCACACUGCAGAGGCGCAGUCUGGAUCUGCUCCCACUGUCCUGUACCCUGCACUCAUGUGGAGAAAAUAAAGCACCACUGUACUUUCUGGCAAA